CUGUAUACUACGUUCCUUUCAGUAUAUUGGUGUGGUGUAAACCGUUAGGUGAAUCUGUUUUUUUGGUGCACAUUCGUUACUGAUCGAUACUUGUAAUGAAUUAUUGGCGCUCAUAAUGGAAAUUAUGUUGAAAGUUUGGGGUGUUAACAUGAUUUCACUCAAGUUUGCGCUAAACGACCAAAGAAGAAGCCAAUUAUAGAAAGAUACAAAACUACGAAGAGUAGAAAAAAAUCGUCUGAAACACGAAAUGUGGGAAGUGUUGCUUCUGCUAGUAGGCUUCGCAUCGCUUUCUCCGAGUCAAGGGAAAAGCCACAUUUCUGGAAAGAAAAUUUAUAUAGAACCUAGAAGCACUGAGGACAAGUCGCAGGAGCUCAGUGAGUCAUCAGCCCUCGACAGAAUCCUGAACAAAUGUCGCAACCAGAGCCCCGUCUUCUCCUGGAGGACAUUGACACUGUGCCUGAGGAAGUAUGGGAUGCUGUCGGGGAGAGAGCGAGGAGGAAAGGGCUCGAUGGAGAGGAACGGGAAAGCAAAGUGCGGGAAAACUUACAAGCUGAAGAGAGGAGCAAAAAGGACCUUCCGAGUCAAAGGAAAUGAGGACUUUUGCGAAGCUUUCUUUGAGCCAAGAGGUAAUGCGGAGCUACAGUUACUUUGCAGGCAAUUCGAUCUCUCCGACUGCGAGGAAGAAUACCUUACCGUUACUGACCAAGAAUCUCAGGAGAAGUUUUGUAAUAACGAAGGCCCUGAUAAGCGAAAGGGGCUAGAGACUGUGCGUCUUACGUAUCAAAAAGUCAGCGAAGUCACUGACAGGACAAAUAUCUUGUGUGUCGUCAGAGGUGUGAAGGUUUCUGGAGGAGGAGGAGGAGGAGGAGGAGGAGGAAGUAGCGGUGGAACACAGGCCUCUGGAUGUAAGCAAGUGUGUGGGAAGGCUCCGAAGAGCGCUGGGGCGACAAAGAUUGUGGGCGGACAAGCUUCGCAACCCGGAGAAUACCCUUGGAUGGUUCGUCUGUCUAUCAGGGUCGGUUUCUUAACCUACCUCUGCGGUGGGUCCAUCAUCACGUCACUCCAUAUCAUAACGGCAGCCCACUGUGUCGAUUAUAGGGCUCCUGAGGUAACGGUCGUGGCGGGCGAACACAACGUAGAAACUGAAGAUGAAGGCAUAACGCAAACCAUUGGUGCCAAGAAAGUCGCUAUGCACCCGAAGUUCGAUGCCACGACUUCGGCCAACGACAUAGCUGUAAUCACGCUGCAGUCGCCUCUCGAAUGGACCGACAACGUGGGACCCAUUUGCCUGCCGCCUGAUAAGACCUUCGGAAAUAGCGAGGCAGUCAUUGUAGGAUGGGGCUUGUUGGACAACCUGGAUUUGACACCUCCGGACGAACUCCAGGAAGCGGGGGUCACUGUGUUCGAUCAUGGGGAGUGUAAAAGCGCUCACGCUUUCUCAAACUUCCCUGUUACUGAUAAACAUAUUUGCGCUGCCGACCCUGGACAGAUCGCUUGCAGGGGCGAUUCCGGGGGACCUUUGAUGACGAAAGAAAACGGACUUUGGCUGUUGCUCGGAGUAACAAGUUUUGGGCCAGAGGACUGUUCGACAGAUGUUCCUGCCGUGUACACCCGCGUCUCUUCCUACAGUAAAUGGAUACUAAACAAACUCUCAAAGGGCUCCUGCUAAUGAUUCUGAAUUCUAGCGAGGAAUUUUGACUUACAAGACGAAAAAUCACAACCUCUGAUUAUUAUUUGUCAGAUGAAAACAUACGCCAAGGAAAAAAAAAAGAAAAAAAAAAACUUUCUUAAUUCUUGGACAUUUUAAAUAUUUAUUAUCAGUCUGUAUUCUAUCUGCAUGUACAAGUGUAUGUUGUGUUCACCUGUGUGUUCGUUGCAGAAUUGCACUACAAGCCAUUCUCACUGUAGAAUUCAAUAGUGCCAUUCUUUGUUUUUGAAUGGUUGGCAUAAUGGCUUUUGUCAGACAUUAGAAUUUUAAUUUUGAUUUGCUUGGACUUGAAAAAAACAAUGAAAAUUUGAUGGAGGAUAAGGAGAAAAUUACUGAUAAUCUCGUUAGGUGCCGAAGUCAUGAUCACUGGUUAUCACUGCGAAUAAUAAGUUAGAGAUUAAUGAACGUUGUUUUAUUUUACGUUGAUAUCAAUAAUUAUACUUAUAAAGAAAGAGAAAA